UUUACCAGUUCAGUUCACUUUAACCCUCAAACCAGUUGUUCGGAACCAGUGUGAGGGAAAACGCAUUGUCUCCAUUGUGUGCAAACAAACGACGCGAGUAGAAAACCGAAGAAGCGUAAAAGACCAAAACACGCGGAAAGUUACAAACUUAACGUUACAGUUUCCCAUCGUGAACAUCAGUGGAUACAGUAGCGCGUGCCUGCUCGUGCACCGACAUUUGUUAUUGGAGGUCUGGUUACAACACACAGAACUGAGAUAUAUCCAUCAUGGAACCUUCAAGGUCAGAAACGAACAUCCUUCCCAAUGGGUUAGAUCAUGAACUGGGAGAGGAAAUGUAUGUGCCGAUGAAGACUAUGAUGGAGGAAGACCAAAAUGAUACUCAAAACAGCAGAUUUGAGGAUCCUGAUGGUCUGCUGGCUGAGAACGUCGAGUUUAUUCCCAGCGGUGCAAGCAAGAAGCCGCGCUUCACAGACUUUGAAGGGAAGACCUCCUUUGGCAUGUCAGUCUUCAAUUUGGGAAAUGCCAUUAUGGGCAGUGGGAUUUUGGGAUUGGCGUACGCCAUGGCCAAUACUGGCAUUCUGCUCUUCUUGUUUCUCCUCACAGCUGUCGCUGGUCUCUCCUGUUACUCCAUUCAUCUUCUGUUGAAGUGCUCCGGUAUUGUGGGUAUCCGCUCAUAUGAACAGUUGGGAUUCAGGGCCUUUGGAAUCACAGGGAAGAUGGCGGCUGGAAUCGCGAUUACACUUCAAAACAUCGGAGCCAUGUCCAGUUACUGUUAUAUUGUCAAGUCCGAAUUCCCGCUGGUCCUGCAGGCGUUUUUGAGAGCAGAUCCCGACUCAGGUGAAUGGUAUCUUAAUGGCAACUACCUGGUGGUACUUGUGACUAUGGGUGUUAUCCUGCCAUUGGCUUUAAUGAAACAGCUGGGUUACCUUGGUUAUACCAGCGGCUUCUCCCUCAGCUGUAUGGUUUUCUUUCUCUCUGCUGUCAUCUAUAAGAAGUUUCAGAUUCUGUGCCCUUUUGAAGAGUUCACCGCCAAUGGCACGCUGGCACAUGCGCAUUCAAACGUAUCUGUCAGCCAAGCCCAUAGCUACCACAAUGGACAUGAAAUGGACUCUCACUGUAGCCCACAGAUGUUCACUGUAAACUCACAGACUGCGUAUACCAUCCCUAUACUGGCAUUCGCUUUUGUGUGCCACCCUGAGGUCCUGCCCAUCUACACCGAGCUUCGCAACCCGACUCAGAGGAAAAUGCAGCACGUUUCCAACAUUUCCAUCCUGAUCAUGUACGUCAUGUACUUCCUCGCCGCUCUCUUUGGCUACCUAACAUUUUACAGUAACGUUGAACCCGAACUUCUGCACACCUACAGCAGGAUCGACCCGUAUGAUACUCUCAUCCUUUGCGUGCGAUUGGCUGUGCUCACUGCCGUGACCCUGACCGUGCCCAUCGUUCUGUUUCCGGUUCGAAGGGCCAUCCAGGAGAUGCUGUUUGCUAACAAAGCCUUCAACUGGAUCCGACACGUGGCCAUCGCGGUCAUCAUCCUGACUUUUAUUAACAUACUGGUUAUCUUCGCUCCCAACAUCCUGGGCAUCUUUGGGGUCAUCGGUGCAACAUCUGCUCCGUGCCUCAUCUUCAUCUUCCCCGCUGUCUUCUACAUCCGUAUCGUUCCCAAGGAUAAAGAGCCAAUGCGCUCAACCCCUAAAAUCUUUGCCGCCUGUUUCGCUGGACUGGGCGUGUUGUUUAUGAUAAUGAGUUGGAGCUUCAUCAUCAUUGAUUGGACAACAGGAAGCGGCAGUUCUCUGGGUGGCCACUAGGGGACAAAAUCGGUCGAAUGUGUGUUUGUGCCUUUGUACGAGAGUUAGUUAGUGCUGUUUUAUACUAGAUGAUGGUUAUUUUUUUAUCCUUAUUUUUCUUUUACGUCUUUUAUGACACAGAAGGUGCUUUAUACCAACAUAACAAUAACCAAUUUUUCAUUGAGAUAAAAGAUUGUCAGGACUAAAUGAUCAGACUGUUUCUUAACCUCAUAAGAUUUUUAAGACCUAACAAUCAUUAUCAUCACUAAUAAUGCUGGGUUGUUUUAAUCCAUGGAUGGGUAAAAGCUGGACAAACCCCAGUGCAUUGUUAAAAGAAACCAGAAAAUAUUUAUAUUUAACCCAACCAUGCAACUACCUAUGUUAAUUGGUUUGUUAACCAAGUAAAUGUGAAAUUUGGUAUUUUGUUUUUUGUUGUGAUAAGUUCAUCUUCUUUUAUUCUGUACAAAUGCGCUGUUUUGGCUCGAGUUGCUUGGCAUCAUUUUUAUUAACCCUUUCUUUGAUUUAUCUACCGCAAUCCCUUACACUUGACAUGCCUGACUGCUUGUACUGUAGAAACAUACAAUCAUCAUCUAGAAGUGACUGCAAAUACAUUGUACAGUAGUGACGCGUAUAUUUAUAUAUCAGAUAUUCAUAUCUUGAUCUCUCGGUUACUUUGCCUAUAGCGCAAGAAGAUUGUAAAUGUUUUGAUUUAUCUCUUAUAAUAGUUAUUUAACAAAGAUGGGUUGGUAGAUAGUUUGCUCUGCUGGACAAGUUACAGGAGUUCAGUUUAUCAUACUUCACAAAUUCACUGCGUGCCAAAGCGAAGAUUUUUAUAAUGUAUCUUUUAUAAAUUAUAUAUUCUGUGCAUGGUAGAAAUUGAAUCCAAGGCGUGCCUUGAUCACAUUGAGAUUUAAACAGUGAAAAACAUAUUUAUUUAAAUGUUUUAGAUAUAUUUUGCAGUUCACUGGAUGAGUAUUAGUGUAUGUUAUGGUAUUAAUGUAUACGUCUAAUGUCUUUUAUCAUUUUUGUCUAUGAAAAUCAUGCUGGCCUACAUCAACACAACUGUGGUCAUUUACAUGCAAUACAAAGUUACAUUUAAACAUUUAUGAGGAAGCAUUGCAUAUAUUGUAACCAUGUUUCACAUUAAAUAGAAUAUCAGAAAUUUAACAAAAAAAUUGUGUUUUUGAAAAAAGCUGCUCUCAGUAUUAAUAUUAAUAUUAUUAUCUUUUGAUAGGGGCUCUCAGUAUCUCAAAUGUUUUACAUAAGUGCUGCAUAACAACUUAUCGUAACUAAUUGUUUGCCGAAUUAAUUUUUUUUUUACAUCAUAUAUGUGUGUGUACUGUGUAUAAUAAUUAUGUGUAUAUAUAAAUACACAUGCUUGUAUAUAUUGAAGAAUGUGUAUAUACAUUUUUAUAUUUUAUAGAUAAAUAUGAAUACUUAACUUUUCUUAAAAUUAUACGUGCAUGUGUGUAUUUAUACAUUCAUAAUACAUAAUUAUUAUACACCGUGCACACACAUAUAAACAAAAAAUAUUAUUCUACAAGCAAUUAGUUGUUAUGCAGCCCUAUUUUACAGUAUUGUACGCUGAGUAUUUGUGUGCCCAGUUUUGGCUUUGGCAGCAGUGGUCCGCUACAAAAACUGAUGAAAUGUGUAACACAGUGUUGGGGUACUAUUAAAUAAAGCUGUUUGUAUGUUUGGUGCAGUGGUACGGUUUAAUCAUUAUGAUGUGUUUGUGGUCUGCGAAGGCUUGCCGUACAACACAUUGUGUUCAUUUUGAGGCAGCUAUUGAGCAGCUAAGUUACACAAAAAUACUGAAGUCAACAUCCCUUGCAUUACAUUUAAAAAAAACAUCUCUUGUAGAAACGGACUACUUAUCCACUACUUACUGUAUUAUUAGUAUUGUCCUUUUAUCAUUUUCCGUUGCUUAGUGUUCAGUACUGUAUCUUUUAAACUUCUUGCUGGGUAUAUUGCAUUUGCUUAAACCAAAGAAUCAUUAAGUUAAGUAAAAGCAAGGAUUUGGAAUAUUAUUAAUUCUGUAAUUAAUUUGCUAAGUAAUGUAAAAAAGAAAGCUGAUAAAUUUUGUUUAUGUUAUUUUAUCAAGUGUUGCUGUUUGUUAUAGCGUUAUUUAAUCUGAUAUUCUUCCUUGUUUAAUUCAAUUAUGCAACCCAAUGUUCCAGCCAUUAGAUUUAAAAUACUGUAAGUUUUUUCUUAUCUUUCAAUGCAUAUGCAUUAUUUACAUUUACAGUUCGACGUCUGUAUAAUUCGUAUAGUUGGUUUUGCAUAGAUUAUUUAGUUCAUUCAUAUAUAAUGUAUAUAAAUGUUAACUGCUUUUAUCUGUAAUUAAUAUUUAGCUUGUAUAGUGUAAAUAGCAGAACAUUGACAAUAAAAAGCUGUUUUAAAAGCUG